UCGAUUUCCGAUGCUGCUGGGUUGUUUUUUUUCUCCUCUCCCUCUCUCUCUUCUUCCCUUCCUUGCUCUUUGGAAGCUCAAGUCGGGAGAGGAGGCGCUCGGAGACUGCUGCUGGAGGGGACGGAGAGGGACGGGAAGGGCUGGGGGAGGGGACAAGGACAGACGGACCGACAGACCGAAAGCCCUGAGAGAAAGCAGACAGGGGUGUGGGAGGAAGAGGGCGUGCGCGGGGAUGGGGGGGAAGCGAGAGAUGCGGAGGUGGAGGGAGAAAUGGGAAAGGAAAAGGCAGAGGCCCGCCGGACAGACGGAGGGUAUCGAAAGCCUAGACGGACCGCGCCGAGCUGUGCAGGGAGCGGGGGUCCUGGAGGGAAAGGGAGGCCCGGUGAGUGUGAGGGCUUGCAGCUGUCAGCCUGGAGGGGCCUGGGUCUCGGCGGCCCCCCGCCGGCUGUGGGAAGGGAGAACCGCGGCCGGCGGGCUGAUGGAUGGGCUAGCACGCUGGGGCGUGGAGUGGGAGGGGUCGUGGAUACCCUCAAUCUUCGUUGGUUUUUGGCUGAAGUUGGGCUUUUCUUUCCUUUUUUUUGAAAGGGUUGAGUAGGUGAGGGGAGGCCACAACCCCAUUCAAGGUGAAGCGUGUCUCUGUCCUGCUCGCCCACCUCCACUACCCCCAUCUGCUCUUGGCUGCCCCUCUGAGUAGCCCUAUCAUUAUCAAGCACAGGACCAAGCUUCUCUCUGCGCCUGUAGCCCCGCUGAUCUCUGUCCAUGUGUCCCUGACUUUUGAUUUUGCUGUUAUUCAUCUCAUCUCUUCCAUCCCAUCCAUCUCUGGGUCUGUAUGUCACUGUCUCCGCUUGUGACCCUUCCCAUCCGAGUGAUCCUCUCCUUCUGUGUCCCUGUCACUAUGUGUCAUGCCUUGGCUGCCUGUUCUGUCGGUCUUGGACUCCAUGCCUGCUCCUUCAGAAUCUGUUUGGGUAUCUCUGGCCGUUUCAGGUUACUUUGGAAUUUGCUUAUCAGUCAUGUUUGUGGUGGUCACAGUUAGGGCCUGGAGGAGUGGGAUGGUGGACCAAAUGUAUCUCCCCCAAAGCCUCUAGUGCCUUCAGCAUGGCCAGGACAGCUUCCUCUUCCACCUUCACGAGGGAAGCUUUGGAACUUCCUAGCAUUGUUGACUAUUCCCUUUGCCAUGUGCCCGACUCCCUCAUCAGAACCUCACCUUCUGGUCUCCUGUGUCAUCUGCCUUACCAGGAACUUCCCACCACAAACCUUUUCCCUGCUGACUUAAUUUUACUCCCUUCCCCCACUUUAUCAUUGUAUAUUUUUUAUUUCCCCAUCUUGCUUCAUCCCUUUUUUUCCAUCUGUCUCCCAUCAUCUCUCAAGAGUUUCCACCUUUGUUCCCAUAAUCUGCCCUCUUCCUACCUUUUGUACUUGAUCACUCUAAGUUUCUUUUAUCCCUUUCCCUCUUACCCAGCAUUUUAACCCCAGCAGCAGAAGGUACCAGCAAGCAAGGGGCUGGGAGAGGUGCGGGGUACGGUUUGUGAAGGCACAUUAACAGGCCAAGAAAUAAAUUUAAUUGGCUUCCAAGGGCAUAUAACCCCUUCAUCAAUCAGUGCCAUUAUGUCAGUUAACUGUCAACUUUGAUUUUGUAAGGGGACAUUCCCUAGGACUCUAAGCUCCUCCCUGCCUAGCUGCCCCUCAUCCUUCAGUUCAUUCUAGAUAUCAGUUGCUUUUUCUUCACUUUUUAGUUCGUCUUCUUCCUUGGCCCCUGCUAUUAUCAUAGCACCAUUUUUUUUAUGAGGCAGUGUUUAUUAGUGUCAUAAAAGAUAUCGUAUCUGAGGAGCCAGGUUCAUUUCAGCCUGAAGAACAGUAAAGGUAGAUAAAGGAUCUAGAGAGUUUACCUUGGUUUUUAGCCCAUCAUUGUUUUUCCAAAUCUCAGGGUCUUGGAAAGGCAAGAGGAGGAGGGAGAAAUGGGCAGAAGAUAGAUGAUUUCAGAGGUGAACUGAAUUACAGAAAGGAAGCGGUGGUCAGUGCAAUAAACACAUGAGGUAGAGAAAUGUAUGAUGUGAGGGAGGAAAAUCUGUGCAGACUGGGGGCAGGGGAAGAACCAAGGGGUGAUCAAUAAGAAAUUGGAAGAAUGAAACAAAACGUGUUGAUAGCAAUACAGAAGGUAAAAGGAAGAGAAAUAAUAGAAUAUUCCUAAAGAGGAGGUCAACAGAAAAAGCACUGUGAAAUUAAUACAAUGGUAAAGUGGGGGAAGGGAGGAACUGCUGAACAAGAUGAGGUGGGAAAAGACUAUGGUACAAAGGAGGUAAAUGGAUGGCAAAGGAAGGAGUGCUGAGGCAGAUCAGAGCUGCGCAGAGCUUGGUAGGGGGAAAAGAGGAGAGGAUGAGGUAUCAAAGGAAACAAAUGCCUCUGGUGUGAGGAGGACACAGCGUGACUGAUGCAAAGAGAGUGAGAGCACUGCAGGGGGUGGGGCGGGUGGGGGAGUGGAAAAAAAGCAUAGCAGAAAUAGCAGAAAUACCACUGGGCGAAGCCCCAGAAGAGAGAAAUGCCCAAGAGACGGAGAGAAGGCAGAAAUAUCUGGAAGAGAGAAGGAGAGAGAACCUCAUGAGCAUUCAUUUCAUUGGCCUAAUCACUCACUACCCUACCAAAGCCUUUGUAUUUCAUUCCCAAGCCAGAACACAAGCAAAGAGAUGAAAAAGUAGAAUUCCUAUAUACUUCAGCUGAGAGGAGCUUGAAUCUUCCCAGCCCCUGAAAAUCAAAGACCUCAAGGCUCUGAUGUCAUAAACUGCUGGUAUUGCCUUGGCAACCUGACAGGGUUCCUCCCUCCAUGAUGUCAGAGGCAGCUGGUGUUACCUUGAGACCCAUACAGGAACAACUUGCUGCUUUGCUGGGGUGCUGUAUCACCUAUGGGGCCAGGGCCUGGGUUGAAUUUGUAGGAUUUCUGACCCUGGUAGCUUGACGUUGCCUCCCUGGAGCUGUUCUCAGCUCAGAACAACAGUUGUCACAAAUAACUUGCUUGUGAGUGCCUGAGGUUUGCCAGAGCCUGACAGGAGAAAGAGGAAGGAACCUAAGACAGAGCAUUGACGUUGGGAUGGUUGGAUGAAAAGGCAGGCAGAGAUGGCAGAGGAGGACUAGAAAUGGCAGGGCUGGGCCAUCCCAGUAAUUACCACCACCCUAAACACACCCGAGACAGCCAGCCUGGCCAACCACAGGCUCAAGGCAACACACACUGAACAAGACACCCUGCUACUAAACGGGAAGCACAGGCAAGUGUACACGGAGGACCUGGGAAAAUCCAGCCAGGGAAAACAAGCACCUUCACCAACCCCAAAGAAGUACUGGGACAAAGCUGUAGCCAGGUUACCAGCUUCCCCACAUACAAUAAAAAACAACAAACAUACCCCCAACACAGGAAACAAGGCACAUGGAUGAAUAAUUAUUUCCAUUUAUUGAUUACAUCCAGAGUGCCAAUCUCAGUGGACACAACUUCAUGAGGUACUAUUCCCCCGUCCCUUUUUUUUGUUUGUUUGUUUCUUUUUUUUUUUAAAGACAGGGUCUUACUCUGUCACCCAGGCUGGAGUGCAGUGCUAAGAUCUCAGCUCAUUGCAACCUCUGCCUCCCGGGUUCAAGCGAUUCUCCUGCCUCAGCCUCCUGAGUAUCUGGGAUUACAGGUGUGUGCCACAAUGCCCAGCUUAUUUUACUGUAAUUUUAGUAGAGACAGGGUUUCACCAUGUUGGCCAGGCUGAUCUCAAAACUUCUGACCUCAAAUGAUCUGCUGACCUCGGCCUUCCAAAGUGCUGAGAUUAUAGAUGUUACCUGGGCAUGGUGGCACAUGCCUAUAGUCCCAGCUACUGGGAGGGAGGCUGAGGUGUGAGGAUCAUCUAAGCCUGCGAGGCAGAGGCUGCAGUGAGACAAGAUGGUGACACUGCACUCCAGCCUGGGAGACUGAGCAAGACCUUGUCCCCAAAAAUAAAAUGCUCACAAUUGUUUGGAAGGCCCUGAAGUGGAAAUCAUUGUAUGCAAACUUGAUGGUGCCCUGAUAGUCUUUGCUUGGAAAGCCUUUGCCAUGGAGUUGGAUUUGGAGAAAGGGGAGAGGAGAGGAGUUGUUUUGUUUUGUUUUUGGUGGGGUACUAGGGAGGAAAAAGCCAGUCAGGCCCCAUUAGUCCUGCCCUCUCCUUGGUGAUAGUCCCUCUGUAACCACUAGGGAGCAGUAGUGUGUCUUUUCCUCUCUUCAUCAGCCAGAAGUGGGAGGGGGCUGUACCAACAGGAGUCCUGGUCUCGCUGAGGGAUCGGAGGAAGCACACCUUGUCAGCUUUGUCUCCAGCUCUGCCCACCAGCCUGAAUCCACGACCUGGCUCCUCUUCAGUGAGGAGCAGAUUUUGUCCUUUCUCACACUUCAAUUUUGUGGUUCUUCCUUUUGCCCAUGCCCUUUGGCUCUUGUAAUUCUCUGGUUCUUAAGUCUCACUGUUUCCCCUGUCUUGCUCAGUCAGAGCCUGCCUUUUCUGCUUUCCACCUGUGUUUCUGCAACUUUACAUCUGAGCCUCUUAUCUCUGUCUCGUCACAUUUCUCUCUCUCUGUAGCUUUCUGGGUCCUAAUGUGUAUCUUCCCACCUCCCAUGGAAGAAUAUUUGCAGCUCAGUAAUUAUGACUGUGUAUGUUUUUAUUUCUAGGGCAUUAACUCCCAGGCUGAGUCUUGAAAGUAGCACUUCCAUCCUCCCUUUCUCAUCCUGAAGAGUAAACAGAGACUUGGGUCUCGACAGAGGAAGAGGGCAAUACCGAAAGGAAAAAAUGUCUUCUAUUUCUCCACACCUUUAUCUCUGUCGUCACCUUCCUCCCCUCCUCAGCCUUGUGAGGAAACAGUGCAUUAGGGGAGGAAGGUGGAAUGAAGGGGCAGCAGGGAGCUCUGGAGACUAAGGGCCAUUUUGGAGCUGCAAGAUUCAUCUCAGGGGUUGACUACACCCUCAGAACUCUCCACCCUCCCUUGGCUCCAGGCCUCCCUCCUCCCCUCCCCCUCAGUGGCAGCAGCCUUGUAAUUUAAAGCUCUCUCUGUCGCCUCUAAUGUGAUCCUCUCGUUUUAUUGACUCUCUCUGCCGUCUGUGGCGCCCCUUCACAUCAAUCUCCUCUCUAAUCACACCGCCGCCACAGCCUUCUCUGUCUCCCCUAACCCCUCUCCUUCGCAGAGGACCCCCGGCCCUUGACUCUACCCAGGUUGUUCCUGGACCGUCCCAAACUCCACCCUACACCAGAUCCACCUUCUUCCUCCUUUCUCCUCUUGCUUCCUUCGAGGCAGGAAUGUCCGGGCCUUUCAAGGGUCACCUUGUCCCUUUACCCACAUGUGAGAUGUAUCCCCAGGGUUAGAGGAUGGCCUUAGGAAAGCCGGGAACUAAAGGGAAAAAUGGUGAUGGGUGAGGAUGAGCAAGAAUCUUGGCCUGGGGGUGGCAGGAGUGGGAUGACUCUUAGGCCUGUCCAUUUCUGCGCUGUCUCUAGUUCAAGGUAGGAAGGGCAAAGAAAGGGACCUAGAAAUUCAGAGAGGGAAGGAAGGAAAGAUGGAGAAGUGAAAAUGCAAUGAGGGGGAAAAAAAGUGAAAAAAUAAUUGCUGCAGCUAAAGGUUUGUAAUAAAUAAUGGGUGAUGGGAGAAGCUCCGAGAAGAAAGGGGGAGGAGGAAUUGGGGUGGGAGGAGGAUGCACUGAGGCAGAGAUAAAUUUGCAAUUGAAAUUCUUUCCUGAAGAGGAGGAGGGUUAGGUUGGGAGAUGGGGAAGAGAUUUGCAAUUUUAAAUAGCUGUCAAUCUACCCUUGGCCGGAUCGGAAUCUCACCUACAAACUAGCCAAAAGCUAAGCUCCUUUGGCUUCUAGCUAUUAAUCAGCUGUAUAUUUUCCCAGUUCUAGGAAAUAGAUGCUUUGAGAAAGGAUCUAGGAGUUACUACAGGAUUUGGGUCUUAGGUCUGCCUAGCCCUACUCUGAGCUGUGAUCUAGCGUUGUGAGUCAGGAGCCAGGAAUGAGCUGGUAGGUGUAGACAGGGUGAACUCUAGCAUUUGGGCCGGCUGGGAGAGAGCACCCACCUGUGUUCAGCUCUUGGCGGCAGGGCCUACGACAGAGUCCCCUAGCCCAGAGUCAGUUAUUCCCCCUAGGUGGGGAUGUGGAAGGGCGUUGUGGCCCACCCUGUGAGUGACAAUAGAAUGGCAGACCCUCACAAACCAGCACCCUUACCCCCUCCCCCACCACAGAUUCUGCAGGAAGAAUGCCUUUCUCAGUCAACAUCAGGACUUCUGCUUUCUGGUUAUCUAGAAAUCGGCUCUCCUCAGUCCAAUUCCUUCACUUCCCUUUUGGUUCCCCAACUCCCCACCUCCCCAUCCCUUCCACCCCUUUCCCAGGUGCUGAUUUGCAUUUUAAUUAGCAUGGUAAUCCCACCCCACUCAGUGUUCCUUAAUGGCUCUGACUUCUUGCCAGGCUAGACACCCCCAGGAGGAGGGAAGCAGGAAUGGGGCUUUCAUGCUAGGUGGGGCCAGACCAAGGACCCAUUCCAAAUAAAAAAAUCUGGAGGUGAGGGUUACAGGUAGCCCAGGAAAAGAGAGACCAUGCCAUUCAUCCCUUAUCCAAAGCACUACCAGUUUAAUCACUAAAGAUCUGCUAAUAUGAGAGCUAGAGAGGAUGUAGAUGGGCCAACUGGGACCUUAGGGGAAGUUUAGGAUGGUGAGGUAUGGGAACUGGUGAGUUUGAGGGGGAGGUUUCUGAUUUAAAAAAAGAAAAAGGAUGGGAGACUUGGUGCUUCUGUCAGCUGGGGGCAGCCCAGGAAUCCUCAUUUCAUUCAGUGUGUGUGUGUGUGUGUGUGUGUGUGUGUGUGUGUGUGUGUGAGAGAGAGAGAGAGAGAGAGACAGAGAAAGAGAUGGAGUUUCAUUCUUGAAACUCCCAGGCUGGAGUGUAAUGGCGCAGUCCCAGCUCACUGCCACCUCCACACCCCUGCAUCAAGCAGUUCUUCUGCCCCAGCCUCCCAAGUAGCUGGGAUUAUAGGUGCGCCAGCACCCAACUAAUUUUUUUGUAUUUUUAGUGGAGAUGGGGUUUCACCAUGUUGGCUAGGCUGGUCUCAAACUCCUGACCUCAGGUGAUUUGCCUGCCUCAGCCUCCCAAAGUGCUGGGAUUACAGGUGCGAGCCACCACGCCCAGGCUGGAAUCCUCAUUUCUAGUCCUUUGGAGUCUCAUUUUGCCUGUAUUGUGUGUGAGGGACAGUCUAGCUGGGUGGAGUCUAGACCAAAGCUCUGGGGUUUACUUAGUGCCUCAUCACUGAUUUCUAGUUUCACCAUCUUGGAGCUGUGUGACCCUCAGUAGCUUACCUGACCUGUCUGUUUCUUGGCUGCCCCAUCUGUAAAAUAAGGUUGCUGUGAGAUUAAAUGAGAUGAUUAAUAUAAAGCAUUUAACACAGUGCCAGGACCACAGUAUAUGCACCUUCAUAGCUAUUAGUAAUAUUAUUACUAUUACUUAUUAUUUGUUAUCUCUUUCGGGAGGAGAAGGCAACAGACUAGCUGUUAUCUUUUAACUGACCAGAGAAGCUCCCAUCUUUUCCAUGUGCUGUGACCAGAGAUGGAUCUGGAAGGCACUGGAGAGAAGCAUGGUACCUGCAUGCCAGGGGAAAUCAGUUGUGCCCUAUCUCUGGCAAGACUUAGGGAAUUUACCUCUUCAGGGUAUGGAAAAAUCCAAGGAUCUUUCCUAGAAUUCUGCCAUUCAAAAGACACUGUGACAGCAUUGACUGUGGCAGCAUUGUUUUCUGUGCUAAAAAUAGAGCAAUAACUAAAGUCCCCAUCAUUCUGGCUGCUGGAAUGGAGAGAAAAUACAUUGUAGGAGGCAGCAGUGGAAAUGAGAGGCCAAUGUGGUGUCUGUUGCAUUAGUUCAGGAAAGAGAUGAUAAUGGGUUGCCUUCUGUGCUGCCCGGUUUCAGUAGGCCUCAGGAUGAUGUUAGUGAAGGAGAUAAAUGGAGGCAUUGACAUGUUUUAGAGGUCACUGUUGAAUUGGAUAUGUCCAGUGGGUGAGGGCAAGAGAAAACUUUGGGUUUUUAGCCUAAGCAACUAGAUGAAUGUUGGUACCAACUUUUGAGAUAGCAAAGAUGGGGAGGAGCAGGUUCAGGGGACAAAUAGAGUUAGUUCUAGGCCAGGCACGGUGGCUCACGCCUGUGAUCCCAGCACUUUGGGAGGCCAAGUCAGGUGGAUCACCUGAAGUCGGGAGUUUGAGACCAGCCUGACCAACAUGGAGAAACUGUGUCUACUAACAAAAUUAGCCAGGCAUGGUGGUGCAUGCCUGUAAUCCCAGCUACUCAGGGGCUGAGGCAAGAGAAUCGCUUGAACCCGGGAGGCAGAGGGUGCAGUGAGCCGAGAUUGCGCCACUGUGCUCCAGCCUGGGUGACAAAGCGAGACUCCAUCUCAAAAAAUAAAGAGUUCUGAUGUUGGACAUACUACGUUUUGAAGCCUGUCAGACACUAAGUGAAAUUUCAGCAGGGUACUGGCUGUCACGCUGACAUGAGCCCUCAGCACUCCUCCCUCGACCAUGGCCACCCUUAACUCAGCCUCUACCACUGGCACCACCCCCUCCCCUGGGCACAAUGCCCUGUCCCCACCUCCGGACACCUCCUCCUCCAGCACCUCCUCUGAUCCUAUCACCAAAGAUCCUCCUGCUGCCCCCUCCACCUCUGAGAACAUGAGGUCCUCAGAGCCAGGGGGACAGCCCCUGGAGUUGGGCUGUGGCCUUGUCCCACCAAAGGAGAUUGGGAAGCCCCAAGAAGGGCCUGGCUGUGGUCACUUCUCACCAAAUGACCUGGAGAUGGAAAAGGACAAGGAGCAGGAGGAGGAUGAAGGGCUCCCUCCCGUGGAUCUGAGCAACCACUUAUUCUUCACAGCUGGAGGUGAGGCCUACCUAGUGGCCAAGCUGUCCCUGCCAGGUGGCAGUGAACUCCUGUUACCAAAGGGCUUUCCCUGGGGUGAGGUGGGCAUUAAGGAAGAGCCCAGCCUGCCCUUCCUUGCCCAUCCACCCCCCUCACACCUCACUGCCCUUCACAUCCAACAUGGCUUUGACCCAAUCCAAGGCUUUAGCUCUUCUGACCAAAUUCUGUCCCAUGAUACCUCAGCACCAUCUCCGGCUGCCUGUGAGGGAAGGCAUGGAGCUUUCUGGAGCUACCAGCUGGCUCCAGACCCAGCCGGAGAUCCCAAAGAUGGCCCUGUGGGGAACAGCGGGGGCAACCACGUGGCAGUCUUCUGGCUCUGCCUUUUGUGCCGCCUGGGUUUCAGCAAGCCCCAGGCCUUUAUGGGUCAUACACAGUCUCAUGGGGUGAAGCUAACCCCUGCCCAACAUCAGGGCCUGUCAGGUAGCCCAGCUGUGCUCCAGGAGGGGGAUGAAGGCUGCAAGGCCCUCAUAAGCUUUCUGGAACCAAAACUCCCUGCUCGCCCCUCUUCUGACAUACACCUUGACAACAGCAGCACAGUGAACAUGGAGGCAAAUGUGGCCAAGACAGAGGAUGGCCCUACUGAGGCAGACGUCCAGGCCCUUGUCCUCUUGGAUGAAGAAGUCAUGGCCCUCAGCCCACCCUCUCCACCCACAGCCACCUGGGACCCCAGCCAAACCCAAGCCAAAGAAUCGCCAACAUCAGCAGGCGAGGCAGGGCCAGAUUGGUUCCCCGAGGGGCAAGAAGAGGAUGGAGGGCUCUGCCCCCCACUCAACCAAAGCUCACCCACCUCCAAGGAGGGGGGCACUCUCCCUGCCCCAGUGGGCUCCCCCGAAGACCCCAGUGACCCACCCCAGCCCUAUCGCCUGGCUGAUGACUACACCCCAGCCCCUGCAGCCUUCCAGGGCCUCAGCCUGUCCAGCCAUAUGUCCCUGCUCCACUCACGCAACUCCUGCAAGACACUCAAGUGUCCCAAGUGCAACUGGCACUACAAGUACCAGCAGACCCUGGAUGUGCACAUGCGAGAGAAGCACCCUGAGAGCAACAGUCACUGCAGCUACUGCAGUGCUGGGGGUGCCCACCCCCGCCUCGCUCGUGGAGAGAGCUACAACUGUGGCUACAAACCCUACCGGUGUGACGUCUGCAACUACUCCACCACCACCAAAGGCAACCUCAGUAUCCAUAUGCAGUCUGACAAACACCUGGCCAACCUGCAGGGCUUCCAAGCUGGCCCUGGUGGGCAAGGAAGUCCCUCAGAGUCAUCACUCCCACCCUCUGCAGGAGACAAAGAGCCUAAGACCAAAUCACCCUGGCAGUGCAAGGUGUGCAGCUACGAGACAAACAUCUCCCGCAACCUGCGCAUCCAUAUGACCUCUGAGAAGCACAUGCAGAAUGUCCUAAUGCUGCACCAGGGGCUGCCGUUGGGCCUGCCACCUGGACUGGUGGGGCCAGGCCCUCCUCCCCCACCAGGGGCUGCCCCCACUAACCCCCCUGAACUCUUCCAGUACUUUGGGCCCCAGGCCCUAGGGCAGCCUCAGACUCCCUUGCCUGGCCCAGGGCUGAGGCCAGACAAGCCCCUGGAAGCCCAGCUGCUUCUCAAUGGUUUCCAUCACCUUGGAGCACCUGCCCGCAAGUUCCCUACACCUGCACCUGGAAGCCUAUCCCCUGAUGCCCACCUGCCUCCAAGUCAGCUCCUGGGUUCCUCAUCCGACAGCCUGCCCACCUCACCACCCCCAGAUGAUAGCCUGUCCCUGAAGGUGUUCCGCUGCCUAGUGUGCCAGGCCUUCAGCACAGACAGUCUGGAGCUGCUGCUCUACCACUGCAGCAUAGGCCGGAGCCUCCCAGAAGCUGAAUGGAAAGAGGUGGCUGGUGACACCCACCGCUGCAAGCUUUGCUGCUAUGGCACCCAGCUCAAGGCCAACUUCCAACUCCACCUCAAGACUGACAAACAUGCUCAGAAGUACCAGCUGGCAGCCCACCUGCGGGAAGGGGGUGGGGCUGUAGGCACCCCUUCCCCACUGCCCCUGGGAGAUGGGGCUCCUUAUGGGUCCAUCUCCCCGCUGCACCUGCGCUGCAACAUCUGUGACUUUGAGUCCAACAGCAAGGAGAAGAUGCAGCUGCAUGCCAGGGGUGCAGCCCACGAAGAAAACAGCCAAAUCUAUAAGUUUCUGCUGGAAAUGGAGGGAGCGGAGGCAAGGGCAGAGCUGGGGCUAUACCACUGUCUGUUGUGUGUGUGGGAGACACCCUCCCGCUUGGCUAUGCUACAACACCUGCGCACACCUGCCCACCGAGAUGCCCAGGCCCAGAGGCGUCUGCAGCUGCUACAGAAUGGCCCAACUGCUGAGGAAGGACCCGAAGCUCUUCAGAGCAUCCUGAGCUUCAGCCACAGGCAGCUCCAAACUCCCGGGAAGGCUCCUGUCACCCCCACAGCUGAGCCACCCAUCCCUGAGAAAGAUGCCCAGAACAAGACAGAACAAUUGGCUUCAGAAGAGACAGAGAACAAGACUGGCCCUUCCAGAGACAGUGCCAACCAGACCAUGGUCUACUGCUGUCCAUACUGCAGCUUCCUGAGCCCAGAGUCCAGCCAGGUGAGGGCUCAUACACUCUCCCAGCAUGCAGUGCAGCCCAAGUACAGAUGCCCGCUGUGCCAGGAGCAGCUGGUGGGCCGGCCUGCCCUGCACUUCCACCUUAGCCACCUUCACAAUGUGGUGCCGGAGUGUGUUGAGAAGCUGCUGCUUGUAGCUACAACCGUAGAGAUGACAUUUACAACCAAAGUGCUGUCUGGACCCACAUUAAGCCCUCUGGAUGAUGGCCAAGAACCCCCCACUCAUGGGCCAGAGCCUACACCCAGCAGAGACCAAGCAGCAGAAGGCCCUAACCUGACCCCAGAAGCCAGUCCAGAUUCUCUUCCUGAGCCUCCCCUGGCCUCAGCUGAGGCCCCAGACAAACCCUCGGGAAGCCCUGGUCAACCCCCUUCUCCAGCCCCAUCUCCAGUCCCUCAGCCUGAUGCCCAAGUUGAAGAUGUAGCUCCUCUGCCCACCAUGGCUGAGGAGGAAGAGGGGACCACUGGGGAGCGCUCUGCAGAGCCAGCUCCAGCUGACCCUCGCCAUCCUCUGACCUAUCGGAAAACCACCAACUUUGCCCUGGACAAGUUUCUCGACCCUGCCCGGCCCUAUAAAUGCACUGUGUGUAAGGAGUCCUUCACCCAGAAGAAUAUUCUGUUGGUUCAUUAUAAUUCUGUCUCCCACCUUCAUAAGAUGAAGAAGGCUGCCAUUGACCCCUCCGCCCCUGCCCGGGGAGAGACUGGUGCCCCACCUACCAGCACUGCUGCCACAGACAAGCCCUUUAAGUGUACAGUCUGCCGAGUCUCCUACAACCAGAGCUCCACCCUGGAGAUCCACAUGCGGUCAGUUCUGCAUCAGACUCGCUCUCGGGGAACCAAGACUGACUCCAAGAUUGAAGGGCCAGAGCGAAGCCAAGAAGAGCCCAAGGAAGGCGAGACAGAGGGGGAGAUGGGCACUGAGAAGAAGGGCCCAGACCCCAGUGGCUUCAUAUCUGGACUGCCUUUCCUGUCCCCUCCCCCACCGCCCUUGGACCUGCACCGAUUCCCAGCCCCUCUCUUCACCCCACCACUCUUGCCCCCAUUCCCUCUGGUGCCCGAAUCACUGCUUAAGCUCCAGCAGCAACAGCUGCUCCUGCCCUUCUACCUCCACGAUCUCAAGGUGGGGCCCAAACUGACGUUAGCUGGGCCUGCACCCAUGCUGUCCCUGCCAGCUGCCACUCCUCCUCCCCCACCGCCACCUCCAAAGGCUGAGCUGACUGAGCAGGAGUGGGAGCGGCCCCCCAUGGCCAAAGAGGGUAAUGAGGCAGGGCCUUCCUCAUCCCCUCACCCACUGCCCAACGAGGCUGCCCGCACUGCAGCCAAAGCCCUUCUAGAAAACUUUGGCUUUGAGCUGGUGAUUCAGUACAAUGAAGGAAAACAAGCUGUGCCCCCUCCCCCUACCCCACCUCCACCUGAGGCCCUCGGGGGUGGGGACAAGCUGGCCUGUGGGGCCUGUGGGAAACUCUUCUCCAAUAUGCUUAUCCUAAAGACACAUGAGGAACAUGUCCAUCGCCGCUUUCUGCCCUUUGAAGCCCUGAGCCGUUAUGCUGCUCAGUUUCGAAAGAGCUAUGACAGCCUAUACUCACCCCCUGCAGAGACCCCCAGACCUCCUGAUGGGUCUCUGGAUUCACCUGCUCCCCAACUGGCCCCACCUUUCCUGGUCCCAGAGCCUGAGGCAGCGGGGACCCGUGCCCCUGAAGAGCAAAGCCGAGCAGGGGGACGCUGGCCUGCAGAGGAGGAAGAAAGCUCCAGAGGGAAUAUUCCUCCUCUGCUGCCUGCCGGCCGCCGGUUCUCCAGAACCAAGUUCACAGAGUUCCAGACCCAAGCCCUGCAGUCUUUUUUUGAGACUAGUGCCUACCCCAAAGACGGAGAGGUGGAGCGACUCGCAAGUCUGUUGGGUCUGGCUAGCCGUGUGGUGGUGGUGUGGUUCCAGAAUGCCCGCCAGAAAGCACGUAAAAAUGCCUGUGAGGGUGGGCCCAUGCCAACCGGAGGAGGCACUGGGGGAGCCUCUGGCUGCAAGCGUUGCCACGCCACUUUCUCCUGUGUUUUUGAGUUGGUGCGCCACCUCAAGAAGUGCUAUGAUGACCAGAACCCUGAAGAGGAGGAGGAAGAGGCAGAGAGAGGGGAAGAGGAGGAAGAGGUGGAAGAGGAAGAAGUAGAGGAGGAACAGAGCCUUGAACCCCCAGCAGGGCCUGAGGGUCCAUUACCAGAGCCUCCAGAUGGGGAGGAGCUGAGCCAAGCAGAGGCAACAAAGGCAGGAGGCAAAGACCCUGAAGAGAAGCCUACUCCGUCACCUUCCCCAGCCCACACCUGUGACCAGUGUGCCAUUUCUUUCUCCAGCCAGGACCUCCUGACCAGUCACCGCCGACUACAUUUCCUGCCAUCUGUGCAGCCCAGUGCUCCCCCGCAACUACUAGAUCUGCCCUUGCUGGUGUUUGGGGAGAGAAGCCCCCUGGUGGCAGCCACCUCACCAAUGCCAGGGCCACCUCUUAAACGGAAGCUUGAGGAUGGCAGCUUGUCUCCCACAGGCAGUGAAGCAGGGGGAGGAGGGGAGGGCGAGCCCCCCAGGGACAAGCGCCUGCGCACCACCAUCUUACCUGAACAGCUGGAGAUCCUGUACCGUUGGUACAUGCAGGAUUCCAACCCAACACGCAAGAUGCUCGACUGCAUCUCUGAGGAGGUGGGGCUCAAAAAGCGAGUGGUACAGGUCUGGUUCCAGAAUACCAGAGCCCGGGAGAGGAAAGGCCAGUUUCGAAGUGCCCCUGGAGGGGUGCCUAGUCCAGCAGUCAAGCCCCCUGCCACAGCUACCCCUGCAUCUUUGCCCAAGUUCAACCUCUUGUUGGGCAAGGUAGAUGAUGGCACUGGGAGGGAGGCCCCAAAGAGGGAAGCACCUGCUUUUCCCUACCCCACAGCCACCCCUGCUUCUGGGCCCCUGACUUUUCUGCCACCUGGGAAAGAGGCCACCACCCCAACACCAGAGCCACCUCUCCCUCUACCACCUCCCCCUCCACCCAGUGAGGAAGAGGGCCCAGAUGACCCACCUAAAGCUUCUCCAGAGAGUGAGGCUUGCAGUCUGUCUGCAGGAGAUCUGAGUGAUUCGUCUGCUUCCAGCCUGGCUGAACCAGAAUCCCCUGGGGCUGGAGGGACCAGUGGGGGACCUGGAGGUGGGACUGGGGUUCCAGAUGGAAUGGGGCAGCGGCGCUACAGGACCCAGAUGAGCAGCUUGCAGCUGAAGAUCAUGAAAGCCUGCUAUGAAGCUUACCGUACCCCCACCAUGCAGGAGUGUGAGGUGCUGGGGGAGGAGAUUGGGCUGCCCAAGAGAGUCAUCCAGGUCUGGUUCCAGAACGCUCGUGCCAAGGAAAAGAAGGCCAAACUACAGGGGGCAGCCACUGGGAGCAAUGGGGUCAGCAGUGAGGGCCCCUUGGCAGCCCAGCGCACCGACUGCCCCUACUGUGAUGUCAAGUAUGAUUUCUAUGUCUCCUGCCGAGGCCAUCUCUUUUCCCGUCAGCACCUGGCCAAGCUCAAGGAGGCAGUCCGAGCCCAGCUGAAGAGUGAAAGCAAGUGCUACGACUUGGCCCCGGCACCUGAGGCUCCCCCAGCUCCCAAGGCCCCACCCGCCACCACACCUGCUUCCAUGCCCCUCGGGGCUGCCCCAACCUUGCCUCGCCUGGCCCCGGUUCUCUUGUCUGGUCCAGCUCUGGCUCAACCCUCGCUGGGCAACUUAGCUCCUUUCAAUUCAGGCCCGGCAGCCUCCUCAGGCCUCCUUGGCCUCGCCACUUCGGUCCUGCCUACCACCACAGUAGUCCAGACUGCUGGCCCAGGCCACCCCUUACCUCAGAGACCUGUGCCUGAGCAAACCAACACCUCCACAGCAGGCACCACUGACCCGGUCCCCGGCCCUCUUGCUGAGCCCUUGGGGGACAAGGUCUCCGGUGAGCAAAAGCCAGUUGCAGCCCCCACCACCUCCUCCAAUGAUGCCCUCAAGAACCUCAAAGCAUUGAAGACCACUGUCCCAGCCCUAUUGGGGGGCCAGUUCCUGCCCUUUCCAUUGCCCCCUGCAGGGGGGACAGCACCGCCAGCUGUCUUUGGCCCCCAGCUACAAGGAGCCUACUUCCAACAGCUCUAUGGCAUGAAGAAGGGGCUAUUUCCCAUGAACCCUGUGAUACCUCAGACCCUCAUUGGGCUGCUCCCCAAUGCCCUCCUCCAGGCACCACCCCAGCCCCUUGAGCCCACAGCCACAGCACCUCCAAAGCCUUCUGAAUUGCCUGCUCCAGGGGAGGGGGACGCUGGUGAGGCUGACGAGCUGCUGACAGGCAGCACUGGCAUCUCCACCGUGGAUGUAACCCAUCGCUACCUGUGCCGCCAGUGCAAGAUGGCAUUUGACGGGGAGGCCCCGGCUGCUGCCCACCAGAGAUCCUUCUGCUUCUUUGGGCGGGGCCCUGGGGGCUCCAUGCCACCCCCAUUGCGGGUGCCCAUCUGCACCUACCACUGCCUGGCAUGUGAGGUGCUGCUGAGUGGGCGUGAAGCCCUGGCCUCCCACCUGCGCUCCUCGGCCCAUAGGCGCAAGGCAGCCCCGCCUCCAGGGGGCCCACCCAUCUCUGUCACCAACGCCGCCACUGCUGCCUCGGCUGCUGUGGCAUUUGCCAAAGAGGAAGCAAGAUUACCUCACACGGACUCCAACCCAAAAACUACUACUACCUCUACACUUCUAGCUUUAUAAACAGAUAAACCAAGAUGGGGAGAGGGGAGGGCCUCAGGGCUCCCUCUUUUACCCCAAGGGGUGUUUGGUGGGAGCUCAAAUCCCUCACCCCCCCCCCCCGGCCCUGCCCACCUCAUGGGAACUAUUCAGUUCCCACCCUCAGUGGGCACCACACACCCCACCUCCAGCAGAGUCCUGCCUCCUCCCAGUCCCCACAGGCACACACACUGAUCCUCAUCCUCAGCUCCUUGCAAAGUAGCCCUUGCCCAUCUUGGCACCGUGAUUGUUCAUACAUGUCUGCCUACCACACACAAAAUAUAUCCUUGGUUCUAUCUUCCUUUUCCUCACUGAAUUCCCAGUCCCCCCACCCCCAUAAAUGCAUAUACACACAUACACAUGCACACACACAUUAUCCCAUGACGUUCCACUGAGAAAACACCAAAAAAUUUUGAAAAAGAAGAUAAAAAGAAGAAAAAGGAGAAACAAAAACGAAAACCCAAGGCAAAGAAGGGGGAAGGAAAACAAACUUUGCCACUCCCCCUUCUCCUUCCCCUUGUCUAGAGCGCCAUACCGCUCACAAACUCUUUCCAAAUACUCAGUUGGCUCCCAAUGUUGGAGCCUGGGACGGGCAGGGAGCCCACAAAACUCUAACCAAACUGGAGGCUGGCAGGGGAGAAGUGCUUCCGGUUCACUCUCCCUCCUAACCCUCUCCUUGCCUGACAGGGGAGCCGCUACGGCCUGGACUCUAGGGGAAGCCACCGCCAGAAACCCCUCUGCCAACCCCUACCCUGCACCCUGGGAACUGCAGUAACUUAUUCUCAAAGGCUUUAAACACAGAGAUACUCUCAGCAGCCGUGGGCCCGCCCCUUGUCCUAGCCCUGCCACUUGAGGGUCCAGCCUCCAGGGGCAGGCACUGCCCACCAACGGCAAAUCCAAAGUUCUUUAAAAAAAAAAAAAACUGAAACACAACCAAAAAAAAACGAGAGUGAGAGAGUGCGUGCACAUGCGCACGAAAGAGAAAUGGAGAGACCAGAGGAAUGAACUAAAGAUAAACUUGGAAAAUACAGAGAAAAAAAACAACUCUCCGAUCAAACAAGUGGUUUUUCCUAUUUGUGUCACUCCCUAUGCCCUGUCCCACCCCCACCCCCCAGUUUGAGGUUUUCUUUAAACCACCUCAUCUUUGGAAGAUCAAACAGCUUUAACUCCUUGCUUUGGGUCUGGUGGUCCUCGAAGGACUGAAGUCAGUGCAACCUUCCCCUGACUAUACAGUCUCAGAGGUGGGAGCUGGCAAUAUAGGGAGAAGAACCUGAACUCAGGGGGAAAGACAUGUCCCAGUUCCCUGAAUUGAGUAUUUAUUAGAAGAGGUAAUAGCCCUUCAUUUCCAGCUUUGAGUUAGAAAAGUCAGUGUCACCACAAGUAUUUUGGCAGUCCCAGGAAGAAAGGGGUGAGUGGGAUAUUUAAUUUCUGAAUCUGAGAUCUGCUGCUCUUUCAUCUCCUACCUUUUCCUCGCAUUUACUUUUUUCACAAAUCCCUAAUCCUGCUGCCCUCCCUAGAGGCCCACCUUUGCUGGGUCCCUUGUUCCCUUCCCUCCAAUCUCCUUUUCUUCCCACUUGUCCUCUGCCCUUGCUCCUGCUCUCUCCAGUCCAGCCCAGCCCAGCUCUUCCAUUAAGCAGCAGCUGUUGGGAGGCAUUCCCAAGGGAGUUGGGAGUCUGUCCAUGAGGCUCAUGGGGGUCUAGAGCUGAUACGAAUUGAGGGGAUGGGGUGGGCAAGGAAAUGACUGAAGCACAGGUCAAUCUUUGAUAGGGUGAUAUCACCAAGGGAACAGACAGAACCCAGAAGAACGUUCCCUAUACCUAAGCAAAUGGUUUCUAUAGCCACUGCGCCCGGCCCUCCAAUUCAUAUUCUCAUACAAAUUCGCCCAGCCCUGGAAUUUAGAUUUUCUGCCGUCAUUCACAUCACAUUCUGUGAACAUGUUAAUACUGAAGCAGUGGCUUAUAUGCAGAUGGGAUGGGAGGGAGGAGAAAGUUCAGCUCAAUCAGUGGCCCCCAUAUAUUCUAUGAGUCUCACUUUCUGUCCUAUUCACUCCUAAAAUACUCCCAACUCUAGCAAAUUAGGGGUGGGGUAAAGUUAGUUUUCUAACCUACAGCAAAUUAGGUGGAGUUAGUUUUCUAACUCCACCCCAAUUUCUGAUACCAAAAAUGCCAGUUACAAAUGUAGGCAACAGGAGAGAAACUGACCACUGCGGUCUUGUGCUUUCUGCCACAUUUCUUUUCUCGCCUCUCUUGUACCGCUCCCCCGCUGUCCUUUUCUCUCUCGUGUUGAAAUUCUGUGUAUAAAACUAUUUUUUUAGCAGCAUGUAUAUGAAAAGAAAGGUUUUUCAUUUGUGCUUUCUGGGAAUGUGA